GUGGUUACAGGACAGUUCUUGAAUCUGAUUGGCUGCUGGGCUCAAGGAGUUUUUAAAUCUUAGCAGCAGACGGGGCUGUCAAAACAGCUGAGAGGAAUAGAGCGUGAGUGUCUGUUAGGCUGAAGCCAUGAGGACGAGUGAGUUUGACUCCUCAUCUGAAGAGGAGGUCGAAGAGGAGCAGCUGACGCCCUUCCACAUCUCCUGGUUACCUCUGUCCAUAGUGGAAUGCUCGCAGUUUCUCGGGAUAUGUGCACUACCGGGCUGCAAAUACAAAGAUAUCCGCAGGAGUCUGGAAAAAGAUGUUGAUGAGCUCCAGAACCAGGGGGUGCAGGAAGUGUUUGUGUUCUGCACCAGAGGAGAGCUUAACAAGUACAGGGUUCCCUCCCUGCUGGAGGUCUACCGGCAGCGAGGCUUUACAGUUCACCAUACGCCCUUCCCAGAUGGAGACGUUCCUGAGCUGGAGCAGUGCUGCCACAUACUCAAGAAGCUGCAGGUCAGCCUCGAGAACAACAGGAGGACUGUGAUCCACUGUUACGGAGGCCUGGGACGCUCUGGAUUAGUCGCUGCUUGUCUGCUGCUUCAGCUCUCUCUAACAAUGACGGCAAACAAAGCCAUCGAAAUCCUCAGGGAGCACCGAGGAGGAGGAGCGAUACAAACCGUGAAGCAAUACAACUUCCUCCAUGAGUUUCGGGAAAGGUACAAGGCCUACCAAGACAGCGGAGAGGUUUGCACAGAGCGCUCACUGUCCCGGUGAUCACUACUCUUCAUAUCAAUGAGCCGUACAAAUAUUGAUCUCUUCAAACUCUCUUUUGUCAGCGACUUUUUUCCUGAUUGUGUGAUAGAAUUGUAUUCGCUGAUGAUUGCACUUUAACAAAAUACUCUUUAAUAUAUUGCUUGUUUCAUCAUAAUCAAAGAUUUCAUAAGGAAAUCCUGCUGGGAUGUAAAGUUUAAAAUGUGCACAUUUUUGUUAUAAAUGGUGAGGAUGUUAACUGACAAAAGGUCUCCAGCUGUAUCUAUACUCAAUAUUGAAUAGUAUACUUAAAGAGAAGGAUAACUUAAACUGGAUGGGGGCUUUGCAGAUGUCAGUUUUAUAGAAACACAUCCAAUGAGCUGCAUUUUUUUUUUUUUCUAAAUCUGUAGUACUGCAAACCAUAUUUUUAUUAGCCAUACUACUGGCAUGACUAAUACAAACGUUUUUCUUUGCCCCAUUAUGUACUCAUUUUCUUCAAAGGUAUUGAAUUAAAAGAAAAUUCCAGUCCAUAACAGUAGGAUAGUUUUAUUUAGUUUGAAUUAAACUUGAGUUGUCAUUUCCUAGAUGUGACAUGAUGGGAUCUUAUACAUAAAAAUGUUAAUGUCAUCUGUGGCCAUCCCUUUCCCUGAUAAAUGUACACAUUUGAAAAUGGCAAUAAAUACUCUUAGUAUUUAUGAAAA